AAUGUACUUCCCAAUGGACCACUAUCUUUGGCCCCCUUCAUUAAAUUUCUAUAAAGUUUCAUUUAUAUAUAUAGCACCCACAUAUUUGAUUGCAAUGCAGUUGAACAUUGUACUCAAGUCUUAGAGUUUUAAGUACUUAGCACUUCCCAUCACAAAAAAUAAAGACUUACAUAGUUUGGUCAUAUAUAUUAUGUCUUCACCAUGCAUUAUGAACACAAAUGAGAGCAUAGUUUUUGAUCCAUCAAUAAUGCAAAACCAACCUAAAUUACCAAAAGAGUUCAUUUGGUCCAAAGAUCCCGGGUUCAACUCAAUAAAAGCCAACCUACAAGAAAACCAUGAUGUGCUCGAUGAGCCACUAAUUGACCUAGAGGGCUUCUUUAGGGGUGAUGAAGAGGCCACUAAACAUGCUGCUGAGUUGAUCAAUGAGGCAUGUUUAGCUCAUGGGUUCUUCCAAGUCACGAACCAUCGGAUCGACUCGAGCCUCCUCAGAGCCGCCCAUGACCAAAUGGAUGGGCUAUUUAAGCUGCCUAUGGAAAAGAAGUUAAGGGUUCAGAGAAGCAAUGGAGAUAUGUGGGGUUACUCUGGUGCCCAUGCUCAUAGAUUCUCUAAACAACUUCCUUGGAAAGAGACCUUCUCUUUUGGGUAUAAUUACCUUGAUGGUGAAGGGAGCAUGAGCUCUCAUAAGCCUCUUGUGUUAGACUAUGUCAAAUCUUCCUUGGGAGAGGAGUUUGAAUUAACAGGGUGGGUGUAUGAAAGAUAUUGUGAAGCAAUGAAGGAUCUCUCUCUAGUGAUCUUUGAGCUCUUGGGUAUAGGCUUGGGAGUUGAGAGACAACAGUUCAGGCAAUUCUACAAAGAUGGAAACGCACUUUUGAGAUGCAAUUCUUACCCACCAUGCAAAGAACCAAGCCUAACCUUUGGCACAGGCCCUCAUUGUGAUCCAACCUCUUUGACCAUUCUACAUCAAGAUCAAGUUGGUGGGCUUGAAGUCUUUACAAACAACAAAUGGCAAGCUGUACGUCCCAGACAAGAUGCUUUGGUCAUUAACAUAGGAGACACUUUCAUGGCAUUGUCAAAUGGGAGAUAUAAGAGUUGCUUGCAUAGGGCAGUGGUAAACAAGAAGAAAGAGAGAAGAUCAUUGGCUUUCUUUGUGAGUCCAAAAGAAGACAAAGUGGUGAGAGCCCCACAGGAUCUUAUUGACAGAGAAGAAGGGACAAAGAGUAGGAGAUACCCUGAUUUUAAAUGGCCACAUUUCUUGGAAUUUACACAAAAACAUUACAGAGCUGAUGUUACUACCCUCCAAAACUUUGUCCAGUGGCUUCCCUCUUCCAAUAUGACCUAACCAUCACCUUUCUAUUCUUGCUCUUCCUUUUUUUUUUUAGCUCUUCCUACCUAGUUCACAAAAUAAGAAUACUAGUAAGAAAUAAGAAAUAAAGUAAUAACUAUUUUCUCUAGCUACUUAAUUCCUUCUCUUUUGUUCAUGUUCUUUUUGUUUUUUUUUUUUGUUUUCUUGAGGGGUGUUUGUGUUCCUUUGUUUGUCCUCUUUUUCAUAAUAAAUUUUGGUUUAUAUUUUUAUAA